GCAGCCAGGUGCCGGCGGCUUGCACCUUCCCACUAUCACAGUGUCGUCUGUCUCACCCCCGCCACGGGUUAAACUCGUCCCCCCCACACACUGUCUCCCCUUAACCUCCCCUCCCCCAUCAGUGCCCCAGUGCCCGACUCUUCCCCCAACUGGGGUGAACGUGGAAAUGUGCUAAGUGUAUUGUGAAUAUGAUAAGUAUAAGUGAAACGUGAAAAAAUGUAAGUGAAAAGUUCAGAACAUUGCUUUGAAAAUUGAAUUUGUGAUUUAAGAUUAAGAUAGUGACGGUUGAAAAUUAUUUACUAGAUAUAUAUAAAUUGAUGCGAGUUAUUGGCUGAAAGAGUGCAUGUAAAAAGAGUUUUUAGUGAAUAUUAAUUUAGAAGAGGGUAGAGGAGAGGGUCGGUGGGGUGAUCAUUUUAGUUGGUUCACUGGGUAAUACAUUCACCAUGGCUGCUCCUGGCGAACACACAGAAGAAGGUGCCCCCUCUCACUCCUUCCUGUACCCUAAACCCGGCGACAUCCUCUCCAGAAGCCACGGCCACGUCACCACUGGCUUCAGCAAGUCCAUACAGACUCAUUCUGUGAGCAGCACCAGCAGCUUCCAGACCUCCACUUUCCUCACAACUGAACCGGUCAGCAUCCUGGGCAAAGGGAGGCAUCAUUCUGGCAGUUCAAUAAUUUCCUCAGCAAGUCCGAAGCAUAGUGUCAAGUUUUCAGAGCCAGAAGGCGCAGUCUGUAGAGAUCGAACCCCAGAGAGCCCUCAUUUCAGGCCUCUCGGACAGGAAAAAUUCAAACACCAAGAUAUUUUCAAGUUCAAAGUCAAUGAGGGAUCAUCCAUACACAGAAAUGUCACUCACGGGAUUGGAAGCAUACCAGAGACGUCAGCUAUCAGUGUCAACGAGAGUACCAACUUCAGGUACACAGAGUCCUCGAAGCUUGUAGGAACUUCUUACCGCUGCCCAGACAGUCCUCGCUCAAAAACCCGGAUGAUCACGCGUACGCCCGACCGCAACUCCAUAAUCGCCUCCAUGGAGUUAAAAGUUCCAUCCUUCCACGACCUGGGAGUCCCUAUGUCGGGCAGCAGCGGAGGAGGACUGACGCCCUUGUUGGGUCCCCCAGAGAGACGGGGAUUGACCAUCCUGUCCCCACACAAUCCAACGCCCGAACUCCAUUUCUCAUCGACCUUCACAGUGAGAACUCGCAAGGGAAAAACCAUCGUGUUGCCCAAGUUGAGGAUACCAGCCUUCCAGUCACACUCCCAUGACAGCAUUUUUCUUGGGUGGUGCCCAGAGUCACUGCUACAAUGGAUGGUACCUUCUGCCCACCCUGCAUCGUUACCACCCAAAGAUUAAAUAUACCAACACCAGCACAAUUCCUUGUCUCAACUAUUACUAGGGACCCCAGUUCAAACCUGAAGCCGCUGGAUAGGAACAUGUUUAUACCUGUUUCCCAGUUAAAAGGACACCGAUGCAAUUAAUGUGACAGUUUUUGUGACAAUGUUUCGCUUCCAAGAGCUUUGGCAAGACUAAAAAAGCUCCUGGAGACUAAUACGUUGCCAUAAUAAAAUGUAA